GCUGAGCCCCGCCGAGCAGCGGCAGCGGCGCUGGGCAGAGGGGUUCGCUGGCCGCCGCCGCGCUCAUUGUUCGGAGAGGGACAAGCCACGCUGUGAGCAUGUGGAUCCCUACAGAGCACGAGAAAUACGGCGUGGUGAUAGCCAGUUUUCGAGGAACAGUCCCACAUGGCUUAUCAUUGGAGAUUGGAGACACAGUUCAAAUACUAGAAAAAUGUGAUGGCUGGUACAGAGGAUUUGCCUUAAAAAACCCAAAUAUCAAGGGUAUAUUUCCAUCCAACUAUAUCCACCUGAAAAAUGCAUGUGUUAAGAACAAAGGGCAGUUUGAAAUGGUUAUUCCAACAGAAGACUCCGUUAUCACAGAGAUGACAUCAACUUUAAGAGACUGGGGGACCAUGUGGAAACAACUUUAUGUGAGAAAUGAAGGGGAUCUUUUUCAUCGACUAUGGCACAUAAUGAAUGAAAUCCUGGACCUGAGAAGGCAGGUGCUUGUUGGCCAUCUCACCCAUGACCGGAUGAAGGAUGUAAAACGGCAUAUCACUGCUCGCCUAGAUUGGGGCAAUGAGCAAUUGGGGCUAGACUUGGUUCCAAGAAAAGAAUAUGCUAUGGUGGAUCCUGACGAGAUCAGUAUUACAGAACUCUAUAGGCUGAUGGAGCAUCGUCAUCGAAAGAAAGACACUCCUAUCCCAGCAAGCAGCCACCAUCUUUUUGUGCAGAUGAAGAGUCUGAUGUGCUCCAAUCUGGGAGAGGAACUGGAAGUCAUCUUCUCACUGUUUGAUAGUAAAGAGAAUCGACCAAUCAGCGAGAGGUUUUUUUUAAGACUGAAUAGGAAUGGUUUGCCAAAAUGUCCAGAGAAGCCAGAAAGACAUUGUUCUCUCUUUGUGGAUUUGAGUAGCAGUGAACUCAGGAAGGACAUCUACAUCACUGUGCACAUUAUCCGCAUAGGCCGAAUGGGAGCUGGAGAAAAGAAAAAUGCUUGCAACGUACAGUACCGACGGCCCUUUGGCUGUGCAGUCCUCAGCAUUGCAGAUCUACUGGCAGGAGACUCAAAGGAUGACCUUAUCUUAAAAGUAUAUAUGUGCAACACAGAGAGUGAUUGGUAUCAGAUCCAUGAAAACAUCAUCAAAAAGCUAAAUGUUCGUUACAACUUGACAGGCUCCAAUGCUGGUCUGGCAGUUUCUCUUCAACUGUUUCAUGACAUUGAACAAAUUAGAAGAGAUUACACAUCCAGUUACUCAUGGGUAUCGAUAACAAGGAAGCUGGGUUUUCCAUAUUAUCAUGCUGUAGGCGAAAUGAGGAAUGAUUUAUACAUCACUAUAGAAAGAGGAGAAUUUGAAAAAGGAGGAAAAAGUGUGGCCAGAAACGUGGAAGUGAUGAUGCACAUUGUGGACAGUGGUGGCCAAAUUUUAAAGGAUUUUAUCUCCUUUGGCUCUGGAGAACCGCCAGCUAGCAAGUUCCAUUCCUUUGUGCUUUAUCACAACAACAGUCCCAGAUGGGCUGAGCUUCUGAAACUUCCUAUUCCUGUGGAUAAGUUCAGGGGAGCACACAUCCGCUUCGAAUUUCGGCAUUGUUCUACAAAAGAAAAGGGCGAGAAGAAAUUGUUUGGCUUUUCUUUCGUGCCCCUGAUGCAGGAAAAUGGGAGGACAUUGCCAGAUGGCACUCAUGAACUCAUUGUGCACAAGUGUGAAGAAAACACAAACCUUCAGGAUUCAAGUCGCUACCUCAAACUCCCCUUUUCAAAGGGAAUUCUCCUAGGGAAUAACCACCAAGCAAUAAAAAUUACUAAAGAGUCUUUCUGGAUUACGUCUUUUCUCUGCUCCACUAAACUCACGCAAAAUGGGGAUAUGCUUGACCUUCUUAAGUGGAGAGCUCACCCAGACAAAAUUGCAGGCUGCCUCACAAAACUAAAAGAAAUCGAUGGUUCAGAAAUAGUAAAGUUUCUUCAAGACACACUGGAUACUUUAUUUGGCAUUUUAGAUGAAAAUUCCCAAAAAUAUGGGUCAAAAGUAUUUGAUUCUUUGGUUCACAUAAUAAAUUUGCUGCAGGACAGCAAGUUUCAUCAUUUUAAGCCAGUAAUGGACACUUACAUUGAAAGUCAUUUUGCAGGUGCACUUGCAUACAGAGAUCUUAUAAAAGUAUUUAAGUGGCAUGUUGAUCGAGUAACAGACAUGGAGAUACAGGAGCAUAUCCAUGAAGUGUUAAAGGCACAAGAAUAUAUCUUUAAAUAUAUAGUUCAGUCCCGGAGGCUCUUCUCACUUGCCACUGGUGGACAAAAUGAGGAGGAAUUUCGCUGCUGUAUUCAAGAGCUGCUUAUGUCAAUACGAUUUUUCCUUUCCCAAGAGAGUAAAGGGGCUAGCGCUUUAUCUCAAUCACAAGCUGUGUUUCUCUGCUCCUUCCCGGCUGUAUACUCUGAGCUGCUGAAGCUCUUUGAUGUGCGAGAGGUGGCAAAUUUGGUGCAUGAUACUCUCGGCAGCUUGCCAACCAUCAUGCAUGUGGAUGAAUCCCUUCAAGCUGUUAAACUGCAGUGCAUUGGUAAAACAGUGGAAAGUCAACUAUACACUAAUCCAGAUUCCAGAUAUAUUCUUCUUCCAGUAGUUUUACAUCACCUCCACAUGCAUUUACAAGAGCAGAAGGAUCUUACAAUGUGUGCACGUAUCCUUAGCAACAUAUUUUGUUUCAUAAAGAAAAAUAGCUCAGAAAAAUCCAUCUUGGAAGAAAUAGAUGUGAUUGUGAACAGCCUGCUAGAUAUACUGCUGAGAACCAUAUUAGAGAUCACAAGCAGACCUCAGCCAUCAGGGUCUGCGAUGCACCUGCAGUUUCAAGAUGUGACUGGGGAAUUUGUUUCCUGUCUCUUGUCACUAUUACGACAAAUGACAGACGGACAUUACCAGCAACUUCUUGAUAGAUUCAACACAAAGGAUGAGCUGAGAGAUUUCCUGCUGCAAAUUUUUACUGUGUUUCGAAUACUCAUACGACCUGAGAUGUUUCCAAAAGACUGGACUGUGAUGCGUUUGGUUGCUAACAAUGUUAUUAUUACAACAGUCCUGUAUCUUUCGGAUGCCCUUCGUAAGAACUUCCUAAAUGAAAACUUUGAUUAUAAGAUCUGGGAUUCCUACUUCUACCUUGCUGUCAUUUUUAUAAACCAAUUAUGUCUGCAACUGGAGAUGUUCACACCUUCCAAGAAGAAAAAGGUGUUGGAAAAAUAUGGUGACAUGCGGGUAACAAUGGGAUGUGAAAUCUUCAGCAUGUGGCAAAAUUUAGGGGAACAUAAACUUCACUUCAUCCCAGCUCUCAUUGGCCCCUUCCUAGAAGUGACUCUGAUACCUCAACCUGACCUGCGGAAUGUAAUGAUCCCCAUUUUCCAUGACAUUAUGGAUUGGGAACAAAGGCGCAGUGGCAAUUUCAAACAGGUGGAGGCGAAACUGAUUGACAAAUUGGAUAGCUUGAUGUCAGAAGGCAAAGGUGACGAAACGUACCGAGAGCUCUUCAACAGCAUAAUUCCACUCUUUGGUCCCUAUCCUAGCCUCCUGAAGAAAAUUGAGCGGGAAACGUGGAGAGAAAGUGGUGUUUCAUUAAUUGCCACUGUAACUCGACUAAUGGAAAGGUUACUGGACUACAGGGACUGCAUGAAAAUAGGAGAAGUGGAUGGUAAAAAGAUUGGCUGCACUGUUAGCCUGUUGAACUUUUAUAAGACUGAACUGAAUAAGGAGGAGAUGUAUAUUCGCUAUAUCCAUAAGCUAUACGACCUGCAUCUGAAGGCACAAAACUUCACAGAGGCUGCCUACACACUGCUGCUGUACGAUGAGCUAUUAGAAUGGUCUGACCGACCACUGAGAGAAUUUCUAAACUAUCCCAUGCAAACAGAGUGGCAGCGCAAAGAGUAUCUUCACCUUACAAUCAUCCAGAACUUUGACCGGGGAAAGUGUUGGGAGAAUGGCAUCAUCUUGUGCAGGAAGAUUGCAGAGCAGUACGAGAGCUAUUAUGACUACAGAAAUCUCAGCAAGAUGAGGAUGAUGGAAGCUUCUUUGUAUGAUAAAAUCAUGGAUCAACAACGUUUGGAGCCAGAGUUUUUCAGAGUUGGAUUUUACGGGAAAAAGUUCCCAUUUUUCUUGAGAAAUAAGGAGUUUGUUUGCCGAGGACAUGACUAUGAGAGAUUGGAGGCUUUUCAACAGCGAAUGUUGAAUGAGUUCCCACAUGCCAUUGCUAUGCAACAUGCCAAUCAGCCAGAUGAGACAAUCUUUCAGGCAGAAGCACAGUAUCUGCAGAUCUAUGCAGUGACACCAAUUCCUGAAAGCCAGGAGGUCCUGCAGAGAGAGGGUAUCCCAGAUAACAUCAAGAGUUUUUAUAAAGUGAAUCACAUCUGGAGAUUCCGAUAUGACAGGCCAUUCCACAAAGGGACCAAAGACAAGGAGAAUGAAUUCAAGAGUCUGUGGGUGGAAAGAACAACAUUGAUCUUAGUGCAGAGUUUGCCUGGGAUAUCCCGCUGGUUUGAAGUGGAAAAACGUGAAGUAGUGGAAAUGAGUCCCCUUGAGAAUGCUAUUGAAGUGCUGGAAAAUAAGAACCAGCAGCUGAGAACUCUGAUUAGUCAGUGUCAGACCCGACAGAUGCAGAAUAUAAACCCACUCACAAUGUGUCUGAAUGGGGUCAUAGAUGCAGCAGUUAAUGGUGGCGUUGCUAGGUACCAAGAGGCAUUCUUUGUGAAGGAAUAUAUCUUGAACCACCCAGAGGAUGGGGAGAAGAUCACACGCUUGAGAGAGCUGAUGCUUGAGCAGGCCCAGAUUCUAGAAUUCGGAUUAGCUGUACAUGAGAAGUUUGUGCCUCAGGAUAUGAGACCUUUACACAAAAAGCUAGUAGAUCAGUUCUUUGUGAUGAAGUCAAGUUUGGGAAUACAGGAAUUCUCUGCAUGUGUGCAAGCUAGUCCUGUUCACUUCCCAAAUGGAAGCCCUCGUGUAUGUAGAAAUUCAGCGCCUGCUUCUAUGAGCCCAGAUGGCGCCAGGGUAAUUCCUAGACGCAGUCCAUUAAGUUACCCAGCUGUAAACAGAUAUUCAUCCUCAUCAUUGUCAUCACAAGCGUCUGCUGAAGUCAGCAAUAUCACUGGGCAAUCAGAAAGCUCCGACGAAGUUUUCAACAUGCAGCCAAGUCCAUCUACCUCAAGCUUGAGUUCUACUCAUUCCGCUUCACCGAAUGUGACCAGCUCUGCCCCAUCCAGUGCCAGAGCUUCUCCUUUGUUGUCUGACAAACAUAAACAUUCCAGAGAAAAUUCUUGCCUGUCCCCAAGAGAGAGACCAUGCAGUGCCAUCUACCCGAUUCCUGCAGAACCUUCACAGAGAAUGCUGUUUAAUCAUAUUGGAGAUGGUGCUUUGCCCCGAAGUGAUCCUAACCUGUCUGGCCCUGAGAAAGCUGUAAACACCACCCCCAGCAGCUGGAGUCUGGACAGUGGAAAAGAAGCCAGGAACAUGUCAGAAAGUGGAAAGCUUAUGUCUCCCCCUGUGCCACCAAGACCCACACAAACUGCUUCACCAGCAAGGCAUGUAGCUUCAGUUUCCCCUUCUCCUGCUGGCAGAUCUCCAAUGAAGGGAUCCAUGCAAUCAUUUACCCCAUCUCCAGUGGAAUGUCAUUCCUCGGGGCUCAUAUCCAACUCCCCAGUCUUGUCAGGAAGUUACAGCAGUGGAAUCUCUUCACUUAGCCGAUGUAGCACAUCAGAAACUUCUGGCUUUGAAAGUCAAGGGAGUGAACAAACUAUUCCAAACUACAGUGUUUCUGAGGAGCCGAUGAGAAAAGAAAGUAAAACUCCACCACCUUACAGCGUUUAUGAACGAACUUUGAGACGGCCUGUUCCGCUACCUCACAGCCUCUCCAUCCCUGUCACUUCAGAUCCACCAGCACUGCCACCCAAACCCCUGCUGGCGCGGCCAAACAAUCUGGAAAACAGUAGCCGGAGGACUGAACAGGUUCCUCGGCCCAGGCCUCUUCCUCGGAAAGUGUCUCAGUUAUAAGAAGUCACUUUUAUAUUUACUUGCAAUGAAUUCUUUACCGUUUACGAAAUAAUAUUUAAAAAAAAGUAAAAUACAUUUAGUGUGGGCACUUUAAUAUUUUACCCAAUUUUUCUUUUAAAUGAUUUUUAAAAUGCUUAUU